AUGGAGGCCCAGAGGUUAAACGCCGGGUCCUACCUGGCUGAUACAGCGUUAGUAAAGCCAUUAAACACCAGGGUUUAUGGUAUGGACACAACAUGUGAUGUCUGUGUACUAAAUCAAGUUGAAAGUUGCACAGAAAACGUUGAAAUAGCCUGCGAAAAAGGGUCUAAAACCAAAGUUGUGAAGGGGACCAUCUGUAUACACCAAGUAUGUGGUGUGUUCAGGCAUGCUUAUUGCACUAUAGGAGGUCGAUGGGUUGAUCAAGAUGGGAAAGAAGUGAGACGAAAUGUUGACCAAGAAUGUAAUGAUGAAGAAUACAAGUUCGAUCCUAAAAACAAAGUCCGUGUAAAGAGAGGAUGGUUCCGUAGAAGAUCACCACCUCCUCCUCCUCCUCCUCCACCCAACUGUGGACAACCUGGCACUAUAGCGCAUACGAGUUUAUACGUGACAAGUACAUCACAAGGCGGCGUGGCCACAUACACGUGUCACUCUGGUUACGGACAUACAGCGGGCUUCUUGACACGUACCUGUCAAUCAAAUGCACGAUGGUCUGGCAGUCCACCAACAUGUUCAUAUAUGAAUUCUUGUAGCAGCAGUCCAUGCAAGAAUGGAGGCACGUGCAGAAAUAUUCCUAACUCUUUUACAUGCAGUUGCCCGAGCAUUUGGAAAGGCUCGCGAUGUGAAAUCGAUACCAACGAAUGUGCCUCAACAUCGCUGAACAAAUGUAAUCAAAAAUGUAGUAACACCUAUGGUUCUUUCACGUGUUCAUGUAAUACCGGGUAUCGUCUGCUUCCUGACAGGCAUACAUGCACAGAUAUCGACGAGUGUGCUGAGAAAACUUCCGGAUGUGCUCACGCAUGCGCAAAUACAGCUGGUUCUUUCACAUGUUCCUGUAGAGAGGGUUUCGAAUUAUCAUCAGAUGGAAAAUCUUGUCAAGACAUUGACGAAUGUGCACGAGGAACUUCCGGUUGUGAACAAAGCUGUUCCAAUACGGCUGGUUCUUUUACUUGUUCUUGUAAAACGGGAUAUAAGCUCGCAAUCAACGUGAAGUCUUGCGCAGACGUAGACGAGUGUACAGACGGAGCUGCAAAAUGUGAUGUAUAUUGUACAAACACAGAGGGGCCAUAUCGCUGCUCAUGUGAGAAAGGGUAUGUGCUCAAGGCAGAUGGCAAAACGUGUGAAGACCAGGACGAGUGUGCCACAGGAAAUGGGUCAUGUGAUCAAGUGUGUGUUAAUCAACCUGGUUCAUUUACUUGUGAAUGCCACACAGGGUAUAUGCUUUCAACUGACGGACGCGCAUGCGCAGACAUAGAUGAAUGUAUAAAAGAUGUUGAUGGUUGUUCUCAAAAUUGUACGAAUACAGAGGGAUCUUUUCAGUGUAGUUGCCUAAGUGGGUAUGAGUUACAACCAGAUCAGAAAACUUGUACAGAUACGAAAUCUAAUUCCUAUCAGUUGAGCGGUAUGUUGUUGCUGGGAAUGCUGUUGCUUGGUAUGUUGUUGUUUGGUACGUUAUUACGGGAUAUGUUAUUACGUGGUACGAUGUUGUUUGGUAUGUUGUUGCUUGACACUAUUUUGUUUGGUAUAUUUUUGCUUGGUACGAUGUUGCUGGGUAAGUUGUUGCUUGGUACGUUGCUGUUUGAUACGAUGUUGCUUGGUACGAUGAUGCUGGAUAUUGACGACUGUAAAGGAAUUAUAUGUCAACAUGGCGGCACAUGUCGGGACGGUUUGAAUUUCUACUCUUGCACAUGUGUAGAAGGAUAUACAUCAACCCAUUGUGAGAAGGAUGUAAAUGAGUGUUCCAUUCAUAACGGGGGAUGUCAGGAUGCGUGUAUAAACACAGACGGCUCAUACCACUGUGGAUGUUAUGAUGGUCGGCAGUUGAAGCCUGAUGGCCGCUCGUGUUCCGGAGGUGAUCGUGACACCGUAUUUGAACGAUUUGUAAUUGCUGAUGGAAAAUUACCAAAGGCUUGUUUUAUGCUGCCACUGGCACAUUGUACAGAUGGCAAGGGCCUUGGCACCCAGCUCACCUCUACAUCAGAAUGGUACAGUCUCACAGCAGAUUCUGCAACGUCCUUUACCUUGGGAAUAGCAUUUAUCAAGGUCAAUGACUUGUCGUUACCUGUAUCAAUUGAAGGCCUUGAAGUUACAGUUUCCUCGGACGAAUUUCAGCUCAGUUAUGGUACCAAAUACAACUCCAGUGAAGGAACCAUUAUUAAAAAUGACGAAACACCAGAAAAUUGCAAAUCAUUUGAAUUUGUUGAAUCAGAUAUAUUUGAAUUUAUAUCGGCUGGUUCCUUUUUGAAAACGUAUUUGCUGAACUUGUUCCCGGCUUUACCAAACUGGAUCAAAUUUGAAAAGACGCGCGAGUCAGUUUUAGCCAUCCAAGAUCUGAGGAGCGAUUUAGUUUACGGAAGACACAUGGAACAAACUGCGUGGUGCGAGGGGGCACCUGUUCUUCAAGAUCAUCUUUACAGUGUAUUCAGAUUUGGUUCAGCAUUUUCUCUAGAAGUUAUGGGAGACAAAAUAAAAGUUCCAAAUCCUCUAGCGGGUGAUAAAUUUUGCUUCAUUAUUGACCUAUGCCACAGCAACGGUGGUAGUAUAUUUUUCAUGGUACCCGAAGAAUCGAGAAAUCUCCUGGAGAGCAUAAAUGUGUUCAAACUGCUUAAACAGGAAGACCAAUUGACCAUUCAUCCAAGAGGCAUUGGUAUUUCUAUAGUGAAUGGGAUUAGCGUUAACCACGAUACAACAGAGCUCCAGUUAUGGAAUGGAGACACCAUGUUUCAGUACCCAGUAUUUCCAAAGGGAGAUUUUUGGAUAGGAGCCGAUGUUGUUAAAAAUGAUACAAAACUAUUGGUGGAAGGAAGUGCAGAUAUAUUUAUCGGCUUGCCAAACAUAGAAAUAAUGCUAACAUCCAUAUUUCUAGAUGAGUGGAGUGGAUACGUGCGCCUCACAUUGUCAGCAUCACCUACACUAAAAUUCAAACUUUUUGGGAACCAAUAUGCAGUAACGUUCAAAAAUCUUGUUACAUCUGAAAUGAAUCUCUACCUUUCCGUUGGCGGUCCUCAUCGUGUUUGGUGUGGGGAGAAGGCCAAUCCACCAGGGUUCUUCUUUUCUCUCCGGCUGGAAAUCAAUCCAUUUAAGGGUGUUCCGAUGUUGGCAGACUGGGGUAUCUCAAAUACUCACAAAGCAUACGGAUUUGUUACCUACGAGCCUCCUCAAGCAGUCCUUGAUAUCAACAUUAAAGAAGAUAUACUGAACUUCAAAGAUAUAUUAGAUCGACUGAAAGUUCGUUUUAGAAUAGAACUUAAAAAGCUAGGCAUCAUUUUUAGGAAUACGACACUAACCUUGGCUGAUGAUAUUGAAAUCAACAUUGAAACAAUGAAAAGUCUUGUAUCCGUUCUUUUGGAUGAUAUUCUAUCAGGGGACUGGAAAGAAAAGAAACGAAUUUUAGAGCAACUAUGGCAAGAAUUCCAAAAAGUAGAACACAAAGUUAAAUUAUUCUCCGAUGACACAGAAUUUAUAGCUCAGAAUGCGUAUAAGAACCUUACAAAUAUCAUUAAGAAUGAAAUUGACGUUGUAAAAACUAAUCUGAAGAAUGCUAUGGAAAAAGUUACCAACACUUUGGUAAGAAGUUCGUCUAAGUCUGGAUACACUGGCUUCGGUUUGAAGUACACCACCAAUUUGAAAUUUCAUGGUUUGAAAUUAGGAGAGUUUGACUUAGAGAUUGUUGAUUCUGUCGAUCAUCUUUUUAAAUGCAGCCGAUUUGAGAAAAUCAGGAAACAUUUUGAAGGCGAGAAAGCUUUGAGAUUUAUAGGAAGGGCAUCCCGCUUAGUGAAAUUGAAUAAAUAUAUUAAAUUCCAGGCCGGAGGAGGCAUCGGUGGGGCACUUUCUUCUGAUAAAGACAAAUUUGCUCUUCAGCUUCAAGUGUAUGCGCAAUUUCUUGGAAUGAAGGCGACGACAGAUCUUUUUAUAACCAAAAACGGUUUAUACACUUACACGGAAGGGAACAUAUGGGACAUAUUCUUGGCACAAUUAGAUGUUUCGGCAGAGAUGAAAUCAGAAUGGCAUAACAUUGUUUAUAAAAUAAAAGGACGUUUUGUUGCAAAGAAUAGGAAAAGGAGACAAAUACAAACACGAAGCGACUCAUUCGAAGACAGUUAUUUAGACGCACUUAAAAAAGUUGUAAAUACCAUUGCCGAUAUGGCUAAGAAACGAUUAAGCCAGGUUCAGGAAGGACUCACAGCUGCCCAGGGAGGACUUUCAAAGGCACAGAAUUGGCUUGAAGAAAAGAAAGUUGUUGUUAGAAGAGCUAAUGAAAAGUUUGACAGUGCUGUUGCUGCACUAGGAAGAGCUAAAGAUAAGUUAGAUGCCGCUAAGAAGCCAUUUACGAAUUGUAUGCUUAAAGUUCCAGAUCCUAUAUGCCUUGCUGCCAAUCUGGCUUGCAGAAUUGUACGAGGAGCAGCAUACUUAGCUCUGGAAGCAGUGAAAAUAUUUGUAAGAGCUCCAAUGCUUGCCUUUGAUGUUGCUAAAGGUGCAGUUUCUGUAGCCCAGUUUGUCGUUGAUAAAUCGCGUGUAGUUUUGGAUGUUGCAGUGGGUUUGCUCGACAUGGCCCAGACAGGUUUAGAGUAUGCAAAAGGUGUCCUUGAAGCAGCUAAAGUUGUAUUAGAGGGAGUUAAAAUCGCUAUCGGAGUUGCUGCGAAAGUUCUUGAAUUUGUUAUAGAUGUCGGAUUAAAGAAUUUACUUGACGUGAGAAAUUGUGGUUUCAAUGUUCAAUUGUCAACUCACGAUCUAUCGGUAUUCGACAUAUUUUGCGACGUUAACGCCUUUAGAUUAGGAUGGAAAACUAUAACUAUUAGAAUCAACUUCAAAAAUAUCGUGCAGAGUUUAUGGAACGCGGCACGAGCUACAAUCGAUAUGCUGAGUAAAUUAAUUGGCGGAAUUGGAAGAAAACGUAGAGAACUGGAAUUCAGAGCGUCUGCAAAAAUGCACGCUUAUCUGCGGAAUAUUAGGGAGGCUGAAGUAGAAAACGGUACAUAUCAAUAUUCCAAUGACAGUUACGACAGUAUAGAUAUUGUAGAUGAAAUUCUUGGAUUUGAAAACAACACUGACAACGAUUACGACAGCCGGAAAAUCAUUUUCAAGGAAAAAUGCAAAACGACCUCUUAUUUGAUGAAAUUUAUGCAAGAGGCGUUUGGAUCAUUGAAUGAAAUUGUGAAUGAAUCAAAACAUUACCUGGAUGAAAUGUCCUCUCUGAACGAUCAGCUUCAGCAGUUCACUAUUGACGGCCUCGCUGAAAAUAUGACACUGGAUAACGCAGGAAUUAGUAGAGACUAUGCAGAACGUGAUUAUAACAUGACUGAAGAUGACUUGAACAGAGCAUUGAACGAAUCAAAAGCAGCUCUUAUGAAUGACCCACUUCUUCGUGAAAUUAAUUCUUCAACUACACUUGCAAUGGAAAACUUAAACGCAGAAAAGGAUUCUAUAGAAUCAAUAAAUUUUCUUGAGAUUUGGUUGGAUGCCAUGUCAAAUACUUCAAGUGAAUACUUCAAUGCUACCGAAUGCAGCGGUUUAAAAGACUGUGUUCGGUAUGCGAUAUCGGAAUUAUAUGCUGCCUACGAAGCGGAAGAUUUUCCGAAUAUAGAUAACGUUAGGCAAUCCAUCCUUAACCUUGAAUCUAUUUUGAUUGAAGUAUUCCAGAAUCAAUCGUCCUUGAUAGAAGAGUCAACCGUUGCCAUGGACAACAUCAUGUCAAAUGUGACUUACUUAGAGGAAGUCAAUCCGUUUUGCUCGGAGGCACCUGUAUUUCAGACGGAAUUGAAAAACCAAACAGUACUAAAUGGAACAGAUGUGGUAUUUACUUGUAACGUGUUAGGUAGUCCGUAUCCAAAGAUCCAGUGGUUCAUGAAUAACGAAAUUUUACCAAAUAAAACGUCAAUAGAGCUGAUCAUUGCGAAUGUGACUGUCAAUGACAGCGGAGAAUACACCUGCCUGGCUGGAAACGUGGUAGCGAACAUAACAUCAAGAGUUGCUUACCUUAAAGUUGUUACCUACGAUGACGAUGAAUGUGAGACGAAUCAAGGUGGAUGUGAACAAAUGUGUGAAAAUUUUAUUGGUUCCUAUGUAUGUCGAUGUUUCCAUGGUUACAAGCUAAAUGAUGAUGCGAAAACAUGCUCCGAUGUAGAUGAGUGUCUAAUUGGAGCAGGAAACUGCGAACAAACAUGUCUGAACAGUCUUGGUUCUUACUACUGUGACUGCAAAGACGGUUUUGUGAUGGACAUUCCUGUCAAAGUAGAUGAUGCAGGUUUGGAUGAUCGAACGAUAGCGUUGAUGGUUUCAAUAAAUGUGCUGGGUGUUGCGGUUUUUGCUGCAGUAGCUGCCUUUACGUACUUUAAGCGAAAGGUUCCAAAGAUCUUACCCGAGAAUGAAAAAGAAGUUGAGCUUACUCCUGUCAAGCCAUUUAUAUAUGGGCCAAUUGCUGAAGUUUAUGGCAUGGACACAAAAUGUGAUGUCUGUGUACUUAAUCAAAUUGAAAGUUGCACAGAAAACGUUGAAAUAGCCUGCGAAAAAGGGUCUAAAACCAAAGUUGUGAAGGGGACCAUCUGUAUACACGAAGUAUGUGGCGUGUUCAGGCAUGCUUAUUGCACAAUAGGAGGUCGGUGGGUUGAUCAAGAUGGGAAAGAAGUGAGACGAAAUGUUGACCAAGAAUGUAAUGAUGAAGAAUACAAGUUCGAUCCUAAAAACAAACAAGUUCGUGUAAAGAGGGGAUGGUUCCGUAGAAGACGAAGAUCACCACCGCCUCCUCCGCCCAACUGUGGACAACCUGGCACUAUAGCACAUGCUAGUUUACACGUGACAAGUAUAUCACAAGGUGGCGUGGCCACAUACACGUGUCACUCUGGUUACGGACAUACAGCGGGCUCCUUGACACGUACCUGCCAAUCAAAUGCACGAUGGUCUGGCAGCCCACCGACAUGUUCAUAUAUGAAUUCUUGCAGCAGCAGUCCAUGCAAGAAUGGAGGCACGUGCAGAAAUAUUCCUAACUCUUAUACAUGCAGUUGCCCGAGCAUUUGGAAAGGCUCGCGAUGUGAAAUCGAUACCGACGAAUGUGCCUCAACAUCGCUGAACAAAUGUAAUCAAAAAUGUAGCAACACCUAUGGUUCUUUCACGUGCUCAUGUAAUACCGGAUAUCGUCUGCUUCCUGACAGGCAUACAUGCACAGAUAUCGACGAGUGUGCUGAGAAAACUUCCGGAUGUGCUCACACAUGCGCAAAUACAGCUGGUUCCUUUACAUGUUCCUGUAGAGAGGGUUUCGAAUUAUCAUCAGAUGGAAAAUCUUGUCAAGACAUUGACGAAUGUGCACGAGGAACUUCCGGUUGUGAACAAAACUGUACCAAUACGGUUGGUUCUUUUACUUGCUCUUGUAAAACUGGAUACAAGCUCGCAAUCAACGGGAAGUCUUGCGCAGACGUAGACGAGUGUACAGACGGAACUGCACCAUGUGAUGUGUAUUGUACAAACACUAAAGGAUCAUAUCACUGCUCAUGUGAGAAGGGAUAUGUGCUCAAUGCAGAUGGCAAAACAUGUGAAGACCAGGAUGAGUGUGCUACAGGAAAUGGGUCAUGUGAUCAAGUGUGUCUUAAUCAACCGGGUUCAUUUACUUGUGAAUGCCAUACAGGGUAUAUUCUUUCAACAGACGGACGCGCAUGCGCAGACAUAGAUGAAUGUACAAAAGAUGUGGAUGGAUGUUCCCAUAAUUGUACGAAUACAGAGGGAUCUUUCAAGUGUAGUUGCCUAAGUGGGUAUGAGUUACAGCCCGAUCAGAAAACAUGUACAGAUAUUGAUGACUGUAAAGGAAUUAUAUGUCAACAUGGCGGCACAUGUCGGGACGGUUUGAAUUUCUACUCUUGCACAUGUGCAGAAGGAUACACAUCAACCCAUUGUGAAAAAGAUGUAAAUGAGUGUUCCAUUCAUAACGGGGGAUGUCAGGAUGCGUGUAUAAACACAGACGGCUCAUACUACUGUGGAUGUUAUGAUGGUCGGCAGUUGAAGCCUGAUGGCCGCUCGUGUUCCGGAGGUGAUCGUGACACAGUAUUUGAACGAUUUGAAAUUGCUGAUGGAAAAUUACCAAAGGCUUGUUUUGUGCUGCCAUUGGCACAUUGUACAGAUGGCAAGGGCCUUGGCACCCAGCUCACCUCUACAUCAGAAUGGUACAGUCUUACAGCAGAUUCUGCAACGUCCUUCACCUUGAGAAUAGCCUUUAUCAAGGUCAAUGACUUGUCGUUACCAGUAUCAGUUGAAGGCCUUGAAGUUACAGUUUCCUCGGGCGAAUUUCAGCUCAGUUAUGGUACCAAAUACAACUCCAGUGAAGGAACCAUUAUUAAAAAUGACGAAACACCAGAAAAUUGCAAAUCAUUUGAAUUAGUUGAAUCAGAUAUAUUUGAAUUUAUAUCGGCUGGUUCCUUUUUGAAAACGUAUUUGCUGAACUUGUUCCCGGCUUUACCAAACUGGAUCAAAUUUGAAAAGACGCGCGAGUCAGUUUUAGCAAUCCAAGAUCUGAGGAGUGAUUUAGUUUAUGGAAGACACAUGGAACAAACAACCUGGUGUGAGGGGGCACCUGUACUUGAAGAUCAUCUUUAUAGCGUAUUCAGAUUUGGUUCAACAUUUUCUCUAGAAGUUAUGGGAGACAAAAUAAAAGUUCCAAAUCCUCUAGCGGGUCAUAAAUUUUGCUUCAUUAUUGACCUAUGCCACAGCAACGGUGGAAGUAUAUUUUUCAUGGUACCAGAAGAAUCGAGAAAUCUCCUGGAGAGCAUUAAUAUGUUCAAACUGCUUAAACAGGAAGAUAAAUUGACCAUUCAUCCAAGAGGCAUUGGUUUUUCUAUAGUGAAUGGGAUUAAUGUUAACCACGAUACAACAGAGCUUCAGUUAUGGAAUGGAGACGCCAUGUUUCAGUACCCAGUAUUUCCAAAGGGAGAUUUUUGGAUAGGAGCCGAUGUUGUGAAAAAUGAUACAAAACUGUUGGUGAAAGGGAGUGCAGAUAUAUUUAUCGGCUUGCCAAACAUAGAAAUAAUGCUAACAUCCAUAUUUCUAGAUGAGUGGAGUGGAUACGUGCGCCUCACAUUGUCAGCAUCACCUACACUAAAAUUCAAACUUUUUGGGAACCAAUAUGCAGUAACGUUCAAAAAUCUUGUUACAUCUGAAAUGAAUCUCUACCUUUCCGUUGGCGGUCCUCGUCGUGUUUGGUGUGGGGAGAAGGCCAAUCCACCAGGGUUCUUCUUUUCUCUCCGGCUGGAAAUCAAUCCAUUUAAGGGUGUUCCGAUUUUGGCAGACUGGGGUAUCUCAAAUACUCACAAAGCAUACGGAUUUGUUACCUACGAGCCUCCUCAAGCAGUCCUUGAUAUCAACAUUAAAGAAGAUAUACUGAACUUCAAAGAUAUAUUAGAUCGACUGAAAGUUCGUUUUAGAAUAGAACUUAAAAAGCUAGGCAUCAUUUUUAGGAAUACGACACUAAUCUUGGCUGAUGAUAUUGAAAUCAACAUUGAAACAAUGAAAAGUCUUGUAUCCGAUCUUUUGGAUGAUAUUCUAUCAGGUAACUGGAAAGAAAAGAAACGAAUUUUAGAGCAACUAUGGCAGGAAUUCCAAAAAAUUGAACACAAAGCUAAAUUAUUCUUUGAUGACACAGAAUUUAUAGCUCAGAACGCGUUUAAGAACCUUACAAAUAUCAUUAAGAAUGAAAUUGACGUUGUCAAAAGUAAUCUGAAGAAUGCUAUGGAAAAAGUUACCAACACUUUGGUAAGAAGUUCGUCUGAGUCUGGAUACACUGGCUUCGGUUUGAAGUACACCACCAAUUUGAAAUUUCUUGGUUUAAAAUUAGGAGAGUUUGACUUAGAGAUUGUUGAUUCUGUCGAUCAUCUUUUUAAAUGCAGCCGAUUUGAGAAAAUCAGGAAACAUUUUGAAGGCGAGAAAGCUUUGAGAUUUAUAGGAAGGGCAUCCCGCUUAGUAGUAUUGAAUAUAUUUAUUAAAUUCCAGGCCGGAGGAGGCAUCGGUGGGGCACUUUCUUCUGAUAAAGACAAAUUUGCUCUUCAGCUUCAAGUGUACGCGCAAUUUCUUGGAAUGAAGGCGACGUCAGACCUUUUUAUAACUAAUAACGGUUUAUACAUUUACACGGAAGGGAACAUAUGGGACAUUUUCUUGGCACAAUUAGAUGUUUCGGCAGAGAUGAAGUCAGAAUGGCAUCACAUUGUUUAUAAAGUAAAAGGACGUUUUGUUGCAAAGAGCAGGAAAAGGAGACAAAUACAAACAAGAAGCGACUCAUUCGAAGACAGUUAUUUAGACGCACUUAAGAAAGUAGUAAAUACCAUUGCCGAUAUGGCUAAGAAACGAUUAAGCCAGGCUCAGGAAGGACUCACAGCAGCCCAGCGAGGACUUUCAAAGGCACAGAAUUGGCUUGAAGAAAAGAAAGCUGUUGUUAGAAGAGCUAAUGAAAAGUUUGACAGUGCUGUUGCUGCACUAGGAAGAGCAAAAGAUAAGUUAGAUGCCGCUAAGAAGCCGUUUGAAGAUGCGUUGAGAAAACUCAAUGCAGCUCAAAGAAAAGUAGAUAAUCUUUGUCGAAUCCGAUCAUGCAGGAAAUUUUGCAUUCCAGGAAUUAAAUGUAGGAUAUGUCGUAAAAAAGUUGGAUGGGUUAAAAUUCCAUACCCUUGCUGCAGAAAAACGAGUUGUAUGAUUAAAAUUCCAGAUCCUAUAUGCCUUGCUGCCAAUCUGGCUUGCAGAAUUGUACGAGGAGCAGCAUACUUAGCUCUGGAAGCAGCAAAAAUAUUUGUAAGAGUUCCAAUGCUUGCUUUUGAUGUUGCUAAAGGUGCGGUUUCUGUAACCCAGUUUGUCGUUGAUAAAUCGCGUGUAGUUUUGGAUGUUGCAGUGGGUUUGCUCGACAUGGCCCAGAUAGGUUUAGAGUAUGCAAAAGGUGUCCUUGAAGCAGCUAAAGUUGUAUUAGAGGGAGUUAAAAUCGCUAUCGGAGUUGCUGCGAAAGUUCUUGAAUUUGUUAUAGAUAUCGGAUUAAAGAAUUUACUUGACGUGAGAAAUUGUGGUUUCAAUGUUGAAUUGUCAACUCACGAUUUACCGGUAUUCGACAUAUUUUGCGACGUUAACGCUUUUAGAUUAGGAUGGAAAACUAUAACUAUUAGAAUCAACUUCAAAAAUAUCGUGCAGAGUUUAUGGAACGCGGCACGAGCUACAAUCGAUAUGCUGAGUAAAUUAAUUGGCGGAAUUGGAAGAAAACGUAGAGAACUGGAAUUCAAAGCAUCUGCAAAAAUGCACGCUUAUCUGCGGAAUAUAAGGGAGGCUGAAAUAGAAAACGGUACAUAUCAAUUUUCCAAUGACAGUUACGACAGUAUAGAUAUUGUAGAUGAAAUUCUUGGAUUUGAAAACAACACUGACAACGAUUACGACAGCCGGAAAAUCAUUUUCAAGGAAAAAUGCAAAACAACCUCUUAUUUAAUGAAAUUUAUGCAAGAGGCGUUUGGAUCAAUGAAUGAAAUUGUGAAUGAAUCAAAACAUUACAUGGAUGAAAUGUCCUCUUUGAAUGAUCAGCUUCAGCAAUUCACUAUUGACGGUCUCGCUGAAAAUAUGACACUGGAUAAUGCAGGGAUUAGUAGAGACUAUGCAGAACGUGAUUAUAACAUGACUGAAGAUGACUUGAAUAGGGCAUUGAACGAAUCAAAGGCAGCUCUUAUGAAUGACCCACUUCUUCGUGAGAUUAAUUCUUCAACUACACUUGCAAUGGAAAACUUAAACGCAGAAAAGGAGUCUAUAGAAUCGAUAAAUUUUCUUGAGAUUUGGUUGGAUGCCAUGUCAAAUACUUCAAGUGAAUACUUCAAUGCUACCGAAUGCAGCGGUUUCAAAGACUGUGUUCUGUAUGCGAUAUCGGAAUUAUAUGCUGCAUACGAAGCGGAAGAUUUUCCGAAUAUAGAUAACGUUAGACAAUCCAUUCUUAACCUUGAAUCUAUUUUGAUUGAAUUAUUCCAGAAUCAAUCGUCCUUGAUAGAAGAGUCAGCCGUUGCCAUGGACAACAUCAUGUCAAAUGUGACUUACUUAGAGGAAGUCAAUCCGUUCUGCUCGGAGGCACCUGUAUUUCAGACGGAGUUGAAAAACCAAACCGUACUAAAUGGAACGGAUGUGGUAUUUACUUGUAACGUGUCAGGUAGUCCGUAUCCAAAGAUCCAGUGGUUCAUGAAUAACGAAAUUUUACCAAAUGAAACGUCAGUAGAGCUGAUCAUUGCGAAUGUGACUGUGAAUGACAGCGGAGAAUAUAACUGCCUAGCUGGAAACGUGGUGGCGAACAUAACAUCAAGAAUGGCUUACCUGAAAGUUGUAACCUACGAUGACGACGAAUGUGAGACGAAUCAAGGUGGAUGUGAACAAAUGUGUGAAAAUUUUAUUGGUUCCUAUGUAUGUCGAUGUUUCGAUGGUUACAAGCUCAAUGGUGAUGCGAAAACAUGCUCCGAUGUAGAUGAGUGUCUAAUUGGAGUAGCAAACUGCGAACAAACAUGUCUGAACAGUCUUGGUUCUUAUUCUUGUGAAUGCAAAGACGGUUUUGUGCUGGACGGUGAUGGACAUUCCUGUCAAAAUGAUGCAGGUUUGGAUGACCGAACGAUAGCGUUGAUGGUUUCAAUAUGUGUGCUGGGUGUUGCGGUUAUUGCUGCAGUAGCUGCCUUUACGUACUUUAAGCUCAGGACUCCAAAAAUAUUACCUGAGAACGGAAAAGAAGUCGAACUUACUCCUGUCAAGCCAUUUACAUAUGGGCCAAUUGCUGAAGUAGAAUAUGGACCAUCAAAGCCUGUUUUCAAGACAUUAGAGUCACAAAAUAUCGGAAACGCCAAAGAAUGAAAAUCUUAAAGAUUAGAAGACGUCCCAGGGCCACGACAGAUUUAUGUUUUCACAAGGAUAAACUUUUAAAUGAUGUAUAAGCUUUUAAAAGCAGAUGUUUGCGAUUGAAUCCAGACUAUUAAAGACAAGGAAAAUCAAACCUCACUAGAAUGAAAACAGCUGUUUUUUGUUCUCAAGAGGUUUCUUCUUCUGAAGAGAUUUAUUUACUAAGAAUUUUGUCUAAUGUGAUGGAAAACUUUGCCUUUGAAUGCAAAUAUUGUUAUUAAGAUGUGUUGCUUACUUAUAUUAAUCUGUAUAUUUAUUUUAAAACAAAAUACAGCUGGGAUGGUUUUAAUCAAUGUGCAACUGUUAAUCAUCAUUUCUUUAUUUGUUUUUAACGGAAUGUUAAGAUUGUUCGAUAAUUUGAUUUAUCAUUAGGCUUUAUAGAUAGCAAGCCGCUGUCUUGUUAUCUAUGUUUUAUUGUUUCUAUAUUUAUUCCUUUGAUUCCGGCAUGUUAAAUGACUCGUCGAAGUCAGUAAUGUGUUUAAAUAUCAGAGCAUUAUUAACCUGUUUGAUCGUACUUUUUAGAUCUGAACUCUACGCACACGUUUAUCAGUUAAAAACAUAAGAUAUUUAUGGUUAACAAAUGGAAAAUAUAUUUGUUGGUAAUGAGCUACCUUUGAGUUGACAUUCUGUAUACAUGUACUUUAAUUAUCUUUUUAUCUAGUUGCUAGCUGUUUACUUUCAUUUUUGUUUUGAUUUUGUCCACACACAUUUGCAUCUAUUUCCCAUGUAUUACGUUUUGGUAUUGCAUAUAAUAUCAACACAGGCCGGUUUAAAUUGAAAGUAUACGAAUUCACCCAAUAUGGUUUCUCAACAGGGUUUCAGUAUGUCUUAUGUCAAGUAAGCUAAUAACACAUGUCAUAUUGUUCCAUAUUCAAUCUGAACCUCAGUUUCUUCUAUGCUAUAGUUUUGAUUUGAUUUACUAGUCUCCUUCACAUUACUUAUGGACUUCAGUGUAUGUGGUAUAUAUUUUGUUAUUAAAUAAUAUAUAAUAUA